GGUUGUUUCUUAAUAUUCCAACGGUUUGACCUUAUUCAUAUAUAUCAUAUAACACCAAUAUGUCUGCUGCCACUAAGAUUUUAUCUGAAAAACCAUCUGAAUUAGAAUUACAAGUUGCUCAAGCUUUUGUUGAUUUAGAAUCUCAAAGUGACUUGAAAGCUGAAUUAAGACCAUUACAAUUCAAAUCCAUCAAAGAAAUUGAUGUUAACGGUGGUAAAAAAGCUUUAGCUGUUUUCGUUCCAGUUCCAUCUUUACCAGCUUACAGAAAAGUUCAAACUAGAUUAACCAGAGAAUUAGAAAAAAAAUUCCCAGAUCGUCAUGUUGUUUUCUUAGCUGAAAGAAGAAUCUUACCAAAACCAUCUAGAGGUUCAAGAAAACUCCAAAAGAGACCAAGAUCUAGAACUUUAACUUCUGUUCACGACAAAAUCUUAGAAGAUUUAGUUUUCCCAACUGAAAUUGUUGGUAAAAGAGUUAGAUACUUAGUUGGUGGUAACAAAAUUCAAAAAGUUUUAUUAGAUGCUAAAGACUCUACCGCUGUUGAUUACAAAUUAGACUCUUUCCAACAAUUAUUCAGUAAAUUAACUGGUAAACAAGUUGUUUUUGAAAUCCCAGGUGAUGUUUACUAA